CAAAUCAGCCGAGGGAGAUACUCACAACAGAUGAGGCGCGAGACGAGGCAAAGGAUGUCUCAAGAGCUCUGGCCAAUUUUUAUCGGCGUUGGCAUCUUGUACACACUCGUGGAUUAGGUAUUUUGCCAAGAGAAAUGCAACACUCUUUCAUUCUACUCAAAGAGUGGUCUACGGCCGCAUAUUCAAAUCCAGCUCAUAUCUACAACUUUUUUUCCUAAUGUCAGGAAAUCUUAAAAGGAUGGUAGGCCAAAGACUCUGAAGGACUACGCCCCAGUGAGAUGGUGAAGCUAUUGAGCUGCCUCUCUAAACAUCUACGCAUUCUACAAAGAGAGCCUGGAGACGGAAGACUUGACGACAAUAGUCCGGAAUCGAAUAGUGAUCCAUCAAAGAAAAAAUACAUAUACACCACAACGCUUUCAAAACUAUGGAUACUCGAAUUCAAUCACUUGGAUACGUAUAUUGACCAAGGGCUGGGUUUCCAAUUGAAACAAACACGCAAGGACGCCGCACUCCAGGCAUACACUCAGUCUGCUGGCUGGCUGGUUUAUAGCAAGAAUGCAGCUCCAAGCCUCCCCUUUACUGAUAAUCAGAAGCUCCAUGGUAGCGCGCAAGAAGAUUUGGGGAGCUACAAGCCCAAAACGUCUUUUGAAGCAGGGCCUAGAAUCGAAAUCUGCCCAUGGCUCAAUGAAUCGAAUUACCAAACAUCCAUGGCUACUUCUAAAGACUAUACGAGGUGGCCGAGUGUAUUAUGGAACGUUGACAAAGGGUAGCAAACAAACACUUACACUAUGCGUGGCAACCGACCAGAUUACAUCGCAGUCAGCCAUACUGGGGGUAGAUGGAGGACCAAGGAGAGAAUAGAGAUUCCCGGGUGUCGAUGGAAGAUUCCUAAAAACUCCAAGUGGGAGGUCAAGUCUCUUGAAUCGAGCUUGAAAAAGUUGGCAGACCAGUUACAAGUCAAACAUGUUUGGUUUGACCUCGUUUGCAUUCCACAGGGCAAGGGAGAGGAGUUUAAAGAACUCACUAAAGAAGAUCAACAAAUGUAGUCCAAUAAAAUUGCCCGACAAGCAGAGAUCUUUCGCAAUGCACGGCAUGCAGUCGCGUGGCUGCAUGAUCGUAGCGAUAUAUCUCCGAUUGGCCACUUCUUCUCUUUCAUGGCUCUCUAUCUUUGCUAGAGCCGCACGAAAAAUCAAGACAAAUGAAAGCCGAGAUUCCCGAACUCAAAGUCACGUUGGCUGCUGCUAUUGCCAGCAAGGAGCCCAUUUUUCUUCUUUCAGACGAGGAACAACAAGAAAUGAAUAAGUUACGACCCCCUCCGAAACCAAUAGUGGUUGCGAUGAUGAAGGGAGGUAACAAGUAUAAGCCUGCAAAUCCUUGGUUCACUUCCUUGUGGACUUUAAAGGAGUCUUGUUUACGGCCAGAUAUGCUUUUCGCGUCGGCCGCGUGCAAUAUUCUUGCUAUUCAGCCAGCCAACGGGAAUCAAGCCCAAGAAGAAACUGCCCUUUCCGAACAUCUUGUGUCCAAAGACACUUUUAUCCCACUAAUCGGGUUAAUCAGUACUUACCUCAUGUUUGACCGCCAUUGUUCAAUCGAAGACUUACCUGAGCAAAUAUCGCGGCUGUACGAAGAGUUGAAGCGUUGGGCCAUGUCCACGGGCUUUAUGAGCCUACUGGAGCUGUCCAGAACAGAUAUUCUCAUGCUCGGCAAUAGACGGCAGUGUACAAGCAACAGGGCCGAAGCCAUAAUGUCUGCCAUCGGGGCUACAAAGUGGUACAAAACUGGCCCUGAGCUCAAAAAUCCUGCUAUUGUUCCCAAUGGCCUGGUUCUAGGAAAGUAUCCACCAGAAUUUGUUCGAGAAGUACGCGAUAUCGACCAAGCGAGCUUUUUCUCACGAUACUGGAAAAGCUUCUGGAGUGACGAUGGAGACGCCUUCCAAAUUUCGGGAUGGGAUUUCUGCACUGAGGACGGACAAGAUAAAGCCGGGGUCUAUUUGGCUUUCAACGACAUCCGAGGCUCGUUAAUACCCUUCCACUCCACAGGACACAAAUAUGCGGAUGCAUGGCCCGAGUUGUCAGAAUUGCCGUGGGUCACCCAUGCCUCCCUUGAAUCGUGGAAGGUCAAGGAAGACGGUACCGUCUCUAUAAAAGAGGCCUGCGUUUUAGCUUCCAGUCAACUGCAAGGUAUUCCGCAGGUAUUGGAGGAAGAUGUACAAUGCCAAGUAAUUGGGUUUCAUGCCAAGCGCCUUGGAAAAUACCGACAACUUGAGAGCUCGAGAGUGCGGUGACAAGCAUCAAACUGACGGUCUAAAGCCAUUCGAGAUGUACAAAUGGGUGAGUUCCAGAGAAUUUAAGAUCCACUUCGUUGUUACGAUGGACGCCAAGGUCACCUCGAACAUGCCUGGGGAAAGUUGUUACAAGCAUGCAAUUCGAGGAUUUGUAUUACGAGGAGGGAUAGGUCAGUCUGCGAGCGACUCUGCCGGGGAGGAUAAUCUUGUUACAAUAGGAAUCUUUCUUGUGAUAGGUUCCGAGACGAAAACUAAACCUAAAGAGCUACCUGACCCAAGGAAGGAUCUAAAUUGGAAAGUAUUGUAGUGUCAAUGAGAUUCUUUGCCCGUAAUCGAAAACGCUUUACGUUGUAUAAACAUUAAGAAUGGAUUCCUGCUGGCUGAGAUUCAUAGAUGAGAGGUCGCGUUGCCCAAUUUUUUCAUCAUUCU